AUUUGGAUCGGUGGAAUCGAAGAGAGAGAGAGGGAGUGGAUAUACGCGCGACGCGGAUGAAGUGCACAUUAUUGCAAUAAACGUGCCGCCGCAGUGCGGAAAUUAAUUUUGUUGUAAUAAAAGGGGGCAGUUUUUUUUUUACAUCGUACAACUUGACCGUCGAUCAUCGUGAGUCGCCGAUCGAGAACAGAAAUGCGAAAGAAAAAAUCGAGAGUCCAUUCAUACGUACGCGGGGACAUACAAUUAAUUGUCGUGAUGUUAUUCGUUAAUCAUCGUUAAUCGGCGAAUCGCUUAAUCGACGAUUGAAGAGGGCAAUCUAGUGAGCGAUCGAAAGAUCGCUAGAUAUAGAAGUUCGCUUUGGGAACUGAACAACAAGGGAUCAGCAACACCUCUCGCUCGCACGCAAUCAUGGCUGCCUAGCACAGGGCCUACAAAUUAUUUAGAGGAUUUAUUGUUGAGGAAUGUAGGCGACGAAAGCACGGAUCAAAAUAAUAAUAUAACUAUGACGAGCGAGGAUUUAUUACAGCCCGGCCAUGUGGUCAAAGAACGUUGGAAAGUUGUGAGAAAAAUAGGUGGCGGUGGAUUUGGCGAAAUUUACGAAGGUCUUGAUUUAAUGACAAAGGAACAAGUAGCCCUUAAAGUUGAAUCUGCGCGGCAGCCCAAACAAGUCUUAAAGAUGGAAGUAGCUGUACUCAAGAAAUUACAGGGUAAAGAUCACGUGUGUCGUUUUAUCGGCUGUGGACGUAAUGAUCGAUUUAAUUAUGUUGUGAUGCAAUUACAAGGAAAGAAUUUAGCAGAAUUGCGCAGGGCGCAACCAAGAGGUGCUUUUUCGCUUUCUACUACAUUACGUCUUGGUCUUCAAAUUUUGAAAGCUAUAGAAAGCAUUCAUCAAGUGGGAUUUCUGCAUAGAGACAUUAAACCUUCAAAUUUUUCAAUCGGCCGUCAUCCUUACAACUCCAGGCUGGUAUAUAUGUUAGAUUUUGGUCUAGCUCGACAAUUUACAACUGGCACAGGAGAGGUGCGUCCGCCUCGUGCUGCUGCAGGAUUUAGAGGAACCGUCCGAUAUGCGUCAGUCAAUGCGCAUAAAAAUAAAGAGAUGGGUCGACAUGAUGAUCUAUGGUCAUUAUUUUAUAUGCUAGUCGAAUUUGUUAAUGGACAAUUGCCAUGGCGAAAAAUAAAAGAUAAAGAGCAAGUGGGUCUCAUGAAAGAGAAGUACGAUCAUCGAUUGCUUCUAAAACAUCUUCCAUCGGAUUUACGAGUUUUUUUAGAACAUAUCCAGAAUUUGGAAUAUGCAGAUAAACCAGACUAUGGUAUGUUAGCUGGUCUGUUUGAACGAUGUAUGAAACGUAGAGGUGUAAAGCCAAAUGAUCCUUAUGAUUGGGAAAGGCCAUUAAUAGCUAAUGAAGGUUUAUCAACUACUAGAUCAUUACCUACAGUAACUGUACCACCUGCGCUUACUACCGCUACUACUAUCAAUCAGCCUCCAAUUACAAAUGUGGACACAAACAACCAAGAGAACGUGGAGCCAGAUAACAGGAAGGAGUUGGAUGCACAAUUGGAUUAUGAAAGUAUAUACAGAAGAAAUAGGCAACGUGGAAUAGAAGGUUCUCCAGUGCCAUUUGCAGCAGCUAUCAGCAAUCAUGGUAGGGAUAAAAAUUGCAAUGCCACGAUACCAACGACCGAUAACACGCAUCAACAGGUCGCACAGCAGACUAUGCCACCUCUACCAACACAAGGAUCGCCCAAAAAACGACGCGCCGUGUCGAUGGCAGUAGAAUCUCAAAUUCCCGCACCAAUAGAGAAACAGGUAGAUAAUGAAGGAGAUGCAUUGAUGGCUUCCGCACGUUCCGCAUCCGACGUUCCUCGACUUAAAACUGUGACGAAUGCAACAGCACCGCUUAGAAAAUCGGCAAGUGGUGCUACAUUGCCUGCAACGCUUGCACGUUUGCGUAUCGCCACUCCUGAAGGAACAUCCGCCGAAUUACCAAGUCCUCGCAUACAAACAGAAGUCGACGCUUCCUAUUGCUCUUAUGAUGUAACUAAUACUAAAUACAUUGGAAAUCAGAGUCCGGUAACUGAACAAAGAGAACCUCUCAGAAGAGAACCCAGAAGAAGAGCAGAAAACCGACAACAAGUAAGAGCCGGGCGUUCGGCAGUACGAGAUUGCUCUAUUACACAAUUUGCACAAAUAGACGACGACAAUGUAUCCGCCCUGCAGCAAGUGACCAAAGGCGGCGGAGGAUUGACUCUGGCUUCGCAAUGGAAAUCACAAUUUGACGAUUCUGAAGAGACUGAUAACGAAUGGAAGGGGGAAAAUUUACAAAGCCCUGAACACAAAGGGAUAAACGCCCCAUCUAUACCGCCACAGUCCACAGAUAUCGUCGAAAGUGUACAAUUGGAUACAAAACCUGUCGCGGCUCAAUCAAAUGCCUCGAUGUGUCAACAAUCUUUGAUUCCCACAGCAUUAUCUAAAAUAAGCGAAGAUUCCCCGAAACCAGCAGCGCCGCACAGAUGUUUAAACAUUGCGGGUAUUGAAAAAUAUCCAGAACUUCAAGGUGCACUUCCGCGAGCUUGGAGCGUUCCAGCUUUAGCGUCGCAUGUUCGGGCUUAUCUCGAAGCUCCAUUGGUUCAACAAGCAGCAUUUGACGAUUUGCUAUAUGAAGUUGAUGUUAUGAGGAAUAUAGCUACCCGAUAUGACGAGCCGAAACAGACUGCGUCAGUCAGAAGAACUAGUCUACCAACAGUAGCUUUCUCUCUUUCUGACACAAUGUUCAACACUCACAAAGGGGAAGAAGAGGAAGAAGCAGUAGCAGGAAGAUUGGAAAUCAGAGUGGUGGAUGCAACUGGCGGUGCUACAAUUGUACAAACCAGUGCUGACAGGGAACCAUUACAAAAAAAAUUAGCGAACGGUAUGGCAGGUAGCCCAGCUAGUCCUAAUCCGGGACCGGAAGAACCAUCGAUAUAUUACGACGCUACCGAGAAUCGACCAACUGCAAAUGUCAGUUUGCAAAAAGAAUCGACUAGCGUCACUACUGCCUCGACCACUGUACAAAAUGCAGUGCCGCUUCGUGAUAAUAAGGACAAUAAAGAGAAGGAAACAUCUAAUAGGACGUAUAUCGCUCACAGUAAAAUACCGAUUCCCGUUAAGAGUCCAAGAUGUUCGUUAUCUGAAUCAACACCCGAAACUAAUACUCCGAAUAUCAAGGCGGGAACUGGAAGUGACAUAGAAAAACUAUCGGUGCCUAUGACCGCAACUAAGGAAAAAGAAAAUACAGUCAGAAAUAAACUAUUGACAGCAUAUAUGGAAGCACCAGCAUAUUUCCAUCGCAUGCCAUUAUCUGACGCUAGACCAAUCAUAUCAUCUUUAACUUCAGCCAGUUCUGCCGAAGAUGAAAAUUUAACCGGAUGCACGCCUGCUCUGCGCCGCCGAAGACAGAGUGAAAAGUAUGUGACAGACGCUAGUCAGCUGAAUCUGCAAUUCCAAAGACCACAACAUAGAACUAGACCACAAUCUGAGGUAUUGCCAAGACUUUCUCCCAGAGGAGUACCCUCGCAUCUUUUACGGGAACCAGAUAAAAAGUCCGAGGAAAGCAGUGAAAGUGAUUCUAACAGCAGCGGACCGCCAAAAUCCGCUCAACCACCACCACCGCCUACAUCAUUGCCACCUCAUAUAGCAGAAAAUAAUGCUAGAUGCCGCCGUUAUUGGCCCAUACCAGAUCCAACAAUUGCUAGCAGAGAAUCGUGAGAUUUGAUAUUCAAAAUGACAAAUAGUCUCAGUUUGUGUUAGGAUUGAGGAGAUUUUACUGCUCAACCAACUAAGAAUGUGAUAUCACUUGAGGCAACGGAAAUGCGCGAUCUUUCUCCGAUUAAUACGUCAUCGGGUACAUAAAAAUUUUUGCGAAAAUUUAUAUCUGCAUAUCUACAGAGAUAAAAAACAUUAGCUAUUCAUUUAAUAUGUGAAAAUGUAGUUGUCUGUGAAUUCAGAUUAAUUGAUAAUGCUGCUUUAAUUAACUACUGAAGUUCUUGAGCGGAUUUUUCAAAUAAAAAAAUCUUUCUAUCAAUAAUCGAUUUUGGAACACACGCUCAAUAAGUUUCAGUAAAUUGAAUAAAAGUAUAUGUGAGAUUGCUUACAAUGUACAAACAGUACAACAAUCUAGUGAUUUAAAUAGUCACUUUUUAAGAACUAUACUUUUUCUUUAGUUAUACACUUGCCGCAGUUUAUGUUACAGUACCAACAUGUCCAUCCAGUAUCUUUAAAUUUAUAUGAUUUAUACAUUUUCUGUUUGUGUGUAUGCGUGCGUGCGUGCAUGUGUGUGUGUAUGUGUUUGUGUGUAAAUGGAUUUUACAUAAUUUUGUUCCUGCUUAUUGUACAUACAUAUUACCAGAACUCGAUGCUUUUAUCUGAAUUUUCUUUGCGCAGAAAUAUGUCGAAUGCACUUAUAUCUACAUAACUUUUACCUAUAUUAAAAUUUUCUAGACAAGUUUUAUAAGAUUUAUAAUUUUAUUCUAAUGUGUGUGUGUGUGAGAGAUAAUCACAAAAAAUAGCAUAACAUUUUUGUGUUAUAAUGAUACAAUUAUUAUGACAACUACAUUAUACAUUAAAAUAUAUUUUAUUUGUUAAUAAUACGAAUAAUUUAUUUCAAAAAAGAAUGAAUGAUAAUGAUAAUUUCAUUUAAAUUUUACUCACACAACACACACAAGUGAUGCAUAAGUAUGCUUUAAAUUAUUAAUAAUUUAGAAUUGCUACUUGCAAUGAACAAAAAUCAUAUGAAUAUGUCACAUGUUUUAAAGAUAAUAUAAAAAAGUAUAUGAAUAAUAGAUAUUAUUUAGCGUUGCAGAAGAAAAAGAGGAGUUUAAUGUGUGAAGAAGACACAGCUCUAGCAUAAUUAUCAAAUUCGGGCCAGAUAUACUAGUCUCCUUAAUAAUCCAUUAUUAAGGUCAACAAAAUGAAAUUUUCGCAUAUAUAUAUAUAUGCAGGAUCUUCCAUUAAGAUUUUUUUAAGAUUUCUUGGCAACUUGGAAUAAAGCUUUCCUUCUUGAAGAUGUCAAGAAAAAUCGUUUAUUAAAACUUUUCAAUUUUUGCAUUAUAUAUUUUUAUUAUUCAGCCUUAAAUCUAAAUUUCACAUUUAAAAUUAAAUAAAAAAUAUAGGUUUGUUAUCCAUUUGGCCUCCGUUGGAAUUUAAUUUAUCAAAAAUUCUGUGUUCUUUUUCAAUCGUUUAUAACUUGAAAAUUAUUGGUGACCACAUUUCAAAAAAAAAA